CUGGGCAGGACGCGGGGCAGCAGCUCCGCCGCGGCUCUCGGAGGAGUCGGCUGGCGGCCCUUUCCCCGCCUCCCUUUUCUUCCCCUCCCAUUAAGUGAUUCAAGCCCUGCGCUUCCCACUUCCGCCCCCUCUGCCUGCCGCUGGAACUGGCAAAGCCGAACAAGUUGCGGCCGCCAAACAGCCGGCACUCCCCUUCUCGCCUCGUCUUCCUCUCGCCUUUUUUUUUUACCCCCUGUGGCCGCCACCACCGUGAGGCCUCGCGACCGCCGAGCCCGCAGCUCACGCCGCGGCCGACAUGAGCUUCUUGUUUGGUAGUCGCUCUUCUAAAACAUUUAAACCAAAGAAGAACAUCCCAGAGGGAUCUCACCAGUAUGAGCUCUUAAAGCAUGCAGAAGCCACACUUGGCAGUGGCAACCUCAGAAUGGCUGUUAUGCUUCCUGAGGGGGAAGAUCUAAAUGAGUGGGUUGCAGUGAACACUGUGGAUUUCUUCAAUCAGAUCAACAUGCUUUAUGGAACCAUCACAGACUUCUGUACAGAGGAGAGUUGUCCGGUGAUGUCAGCUGGACCAAAAUAUGAGUAUCACUGGGCAGAUGGAACAAAUAUAAAGAAACCUAUUAAAUGCUCUGCACCAAAGUAUAUUGAUUACCUGAUGACUUGGGUCCAGGACCAGUUGGAUGAUGAGACAUUAUUUCCAUCAAAAAUUGGUGUUCCAUUCCCAAAGAAUUUUAUGUCUGUGGCAAAGACUAUACUCAAACGUCUCUUUAGGGUUUAUGCUCAUAUUUAUCACCAACAUUUUGAUCCUGUGAUACAGCUUCAGGAGGAAGCACAUCUUAAUACAUCUUUCAAGCACUUUAUUUUUUUUGUCCAGGAGUUCAAUCUUAUUGAUAGAAGAGAACUUGCACCACUCCAAGAACUGAUUGAAAAACUCACUUCGAAGGACAGAUAAAAAGCAUGCAGAGCUGUGCAAAUUGUUCCUCAAUUGAAGCUGUGUGGAGUGUAUUUGGAUUUUGUUAUAUUUUGUUUCUAUCUGGAUUGUUUUUGUCUUAGGUUUGGGGGAGCUUGUUUGGGUUCCCUUUUCUUUAUUGUGAAUAUAUGAAACCAUAUUAUAUUGCUAGAGGAAACCAAGAACCAUUCUCUACAUUUGAAAAGGGGUAAAUUUUGUCUUAGCAGCAUACAGUACUUUUUUUUUUUAACCUGGUUUUGGUUACUUGAGUUUUUUAAUAAUACUGUAUGUGCUGAAAGAAAAUGCUUACCGACUGAACUGCUGAUGGAUGGGGUUCUGUGUUUGUAAAUUGUGGCCCAUUUUGAAGUCCCCAAAAGACAUGUUUUUAAAGUGCCUUGGCAGGCCCACUUAUGAGGUGCAAAGCACAGACAUAGGACUGAGCAGGGCUCAAAUAAUAUUAGGAUCACUACCCAGGGCACUUACUGGUGCAUGUUGUAAAAUAAUCUAUGAUAAAAGCCAUAGUUGACCUAAGUUGGUGAUCUCCAGCUUUUACUACAUUGAAGAAACAUAAUUUGUAAAGGUGUGCAUGUAGAACAUAAAAAUUAGUAUUUCUUAAUUAUUUUUGAUAUUGAUGGUAAUAUAUUUCUGUUCAACAAAUACUUAAAAGUUCGAGCAGAUCUUUUUCCAUCUUUUAAUAUCUGUGAUAUUGAAACUUGAGGAUGUUGAAAUGUAAUACCCAUUGCAUUUUGACUUCUUUCUACAUGUUAACUGCACUGUAGUGUAAAACUUCAGGUUAUAUUAGGAUUGCCAUCUUCAGAGGUGAUGCUGAACAGUGAAGUUUCUUAGCAAUUGCCAAAUGAGCCAUGUCUGCAGAAUCCCCUUCUGUUUCAAAGAGGAGGGGAUCAAAGAGUGUGUUUGGUUGGGAGGGAAGUUAAUUUCUGUGGGCAGUUAGGGAUGGGAUUAAGUGUAGGGAGUCAAGUUCUAGAAAGUCCUGUUUUACAAACUUUUGAAUAGAAAGUUGUGAAGAUUUUAAUCAAUUAUUUGUAAACAGAGUCUAUUAAAGAGAUUUCCUUUUGGAAUCAACUUCCAUGAGAAAUUAAAAAUAAAUUAUUAAUUUUAGGUACAGGCAUUAAACAUGGAAUUUAAGGACUUUGGGGAAAUUGAUCGCUUUGUAGCAUUUCCAUUCAGUGAAUGGAGCAGGUGUUUGCUUAUCAUUUUAAAAUGAUACAGUACCUUUGCUUAUUACAGGCCCAGAUUGAAGCAUUCUGACUUCUGAUUUUUCCACUGUGAAAGAAAUCAUUUUCUUUACAGUAAUAUCAAACAACAAAAAUGCUCAUUCAGUAGUUAUUUUUAAAUUUUAUUUGCCAUGACUUUUUAGUGAAUUAUUACCAUCAGUAAGUUUAGAAACUUAGUUUUUAGAAUAAAUAUUAAUUUGCUUCACUUCAGAUUUGUUCUUGAGAUUGAGAAAUACCCUUUUCAGACUUCCAGUUUUAAUUUUGAUGUAUUUGGUAAAUCUGCUUUCUUCAAUUAGAACUAUAUACUCUUCCCUUGGUUAGAAACAUACUUUUUUCCUAAAAUAGAAUAGAAAUGUUUGCUCUGGAAUUAUAUGGAUUACAAAGGCUUUGUGAACAAAAAUCUAAAAUGAAAUGUUUGUGUUAUUAACAAG